CUAAUAGUUUUGACUGAGCAGCAGAAGAAUCACCACUUUUACAUGGAAGGAAGUGCACAGCAUCUCUCUGAUCCACAUUUGAAUCCACGUGUGCAAACACUGACUCUUACCGGCAAUGAAAUGCAUUCCCUUUCAUUUCCUGCGCAGACUGAGGUUAAGUCAUUGCUCUGACUCUGUUUCCCAUCGCAUGUUACGGGCGGAAUUUUUCCGACCAACCUCAUCAGGAACCAGAGGAGCGUCGCUCGACUCACAGGCUGCUGCUGCUCUGGCGCUGGAGUUUUAUUUGCAAGCAGUUUCGAGAUGCUCCAGGGGGCAGUGAGCAGGGCCGUGCUCUGCCUGUCCUGCUGCCUACUGUUGGGGGUCUGCCUCCCAGCAGAGGCUGCAGGACCAGCGGGUGCCCCUCCUAAUAUCCCCCCUGAAGAAGAGUCUGGGGAAUCAUACAUGGAGGACUUGGAGUGGGGCUCUGGAUCAUCUCUCCUGCAGCUGCUACACAGCUUCCCAGCUGACAGCCCCUUCAUAACAGAGACCCCCGGAAAACCGGUGAACUGCAGCCAGCGCUUCUGGUUGCCACCGUCCUCUGCAGUGUGCUGGGACAACGUAGCCGGACCGGAGGAGUUUGCCAAGUCCCGUCUUCAGAUUCUGCAAAACAGGGCCUCCCUGCAGGCAGUGUCCACCUCCAGCGGCCUGGAGGAGGGAGGGUUCUCCUAUGACCAUCAAGCCAGGGAGGAGGUGCAGGGGGUGCACUCAGACUACCUGAGUGUGGCAGAAACUAUGCAGACCAUGGAGAAGGUGUUUGUGUCACUGGAGGAGAAGAGGAAGGAGGGGAAGGAGCAGGGGGUCCUAACAAACAUGAGGGAGCACCUGUCCAGCACCAGAGACACCAUCGAUGUGAGAGAGCACAUGGCGAACCACCUGGAGCAGCAGUUCUCUACGUUAGAGAAGACUCUGCUCAACAUGCAGCUGCGACUCAACAAACUCAUCCGACAGUGACGACUUCACAGACCCGCCGCCUCUUUUUCUGCCUUCGUCUGAACUGAUUACAAAACACACGUAAUAUGCACAUUUAUUAACAAAGUCAAAUGUGGAGACCUGGAAUUUGCUGGGGAUCAUCUGGGAGUGUUAAUGAAAUCCAGUUUUAUACUUUCAGUUUGUAAUCAAGAUCCAUGAGCUUUCAUUGUCACAUUAAUGGGCUGUAAUAAAACCAAAAGACAAGAGGGUAAAA